AGGGAGAACAGUAACAGGGUGCCACACAGUGCGCUGGGAGGGAGCUCUGGGAAAAAGGCUGAUGGGGUAAAAAGUGCCCUUUGUUCAUUCUGCGGGCCUGAACUCUAUCUAAGAAUGUGCUGCCACCUCAGAACCAGAGGGAUUUCUGCUGUGUGUGUGUGUGUGCGAUUGGGGUGGGGCCGGCCUGGGGUACCCUACAACUCGCAGGAGCUGAGCCAAGACCUCUGAGUGGAGGCCCGCAGCAGGUGCCUCAGCUGUGGUUUGCCGGGGACCGCCGCUAAGGGAUGGCUUCCUCGGAGCAGACACCCCUCACCCCUCACCCCCGGGACCUCUGCACCCGUUCUAUCUGGCUAGCAAGGAAGAUCCGCUCAGACUUGACCGCCCUCCUAGAGACUUAUGUUGAGUAUCAGGGCCUGAACAAGAGCAUCGACCUAGAUUCUGUGGAUGGGGUGCCGACGGCCAGCACGGACCGCUGGAGUGAGCUGACGGAGGCAGAACGACUACAAGAAAAUCUCCAAGCUUAUCGCACCUUCCACUUGCUCCUGACUGAGGUCCUGGAGGACCAGAGGGCACAGUUCACCCCCACAGAAGGAGAAUUCCACCAGAAGAUCCACAGGGUCCUACUCCAAGUGGCUGCCUUUGCUUACGAGAUCGAGCAGCUGAUGGGGCUGCUGGGACAUCAGGCCCCGUCUCAAGAGACAGACAGGAUGCCGGACAGCGACGGUCGCCAAACUUUCUUUGAAAAGAAACUGUGGGGCAUGAAGGUGCUGCAGGAGCUCAUGCAGUGGACAGUGAGGUCCAUCCGUGACCUCCGUGUGAUCUCUUCUCCGGGCCAGAACAGGGUCCCAGCCCAUGGGAGCCAGCAGCAACCAGAGGCCCAGCCCAUGUAGCUUCUCCCCUCUGUUCCCUCCUCUACGGAGCAGCAUUCACCAUGUGGAAAAUGUGCCUUUGUGGCUCUGGCGCCGCCAUUCUUCUCUUUCUCAUCCUCUUCCUGUAUUGAAGAUCCUUGGAAGGACUCAUGCAGAAAAGUCCAUUUCAUUCCAUCCGGGGGCCGAGCCUGCAUCUGUGACUUCCUCACAUCCCACUGACCAGAUCACACCGUUCAGGGCAGCUGGAUCUCCAGCCACCCCUUUCCCUUGUUCUUUGUCUAUCCCUGAGACAGAAGGAGGCGCAGGUGAUGAAGGCAGCAUCCUAUGGGGUAUCUGAUUAGUGGUUGGGCAGCAUUUCAGCACAGCCUGCUGACCACCUCUAAAGCGCCUGAACUGUGGUUAUGACUUACAUGAACAAACCACUCGUCCUUUCGAGGGAACCUCGUGGUCUCCUUCCAGAAAGGGCUUCCAAGUCCUCUGACCCCUCGCCACUGGAACUCUGGGAUAGCGUUUCUGAUUUCUUCAUAACAUGUCUCUUGCUGAUGGUGAUUGAGUCUUAAGCUAGGCAUAUACUAACUGUAUAACCUGACCUUGUUUGGGGGAAUUGCACGUACUUCAGGACAAUAUACAAUUGAGAUGUUUUCAUCUGUGGUGGUCAAUGGUAAGCUAUUCAGAUAGGAAAAACUUGGAACACCGCGGUCGCCAUAUUCAUGGACUGGGUCACAAGGCAAGGGAAAGAUCUCUCUUACAAGACUGGAACGUCAGAGGAUGUGAUACUGAAACAAUGAAAACAUCAACUAAUGAAUGAAGGACAGCCUCAGAGGAGAGAGGACGGGAAGGGUAGUCAUGUGGCAGUGGAUAGUCCUCUUCCUGAAUUCAAACCUGACUUGGGACACUAGCUCUGUGACCCCUGGCAAGUCACCUAACCU